AUGAAUGAAGAUAAACUGAGUAGCGAUGAAGUGCCUCUUAAAUUUGCUGAAUGGUUGUUGGCUAUGGGAUGCCCGGCUGAGAAAGUUCCAGCAGCAGAUAAAAUGGCUUUGAUGUGCAGAGGUCAAUAUUACAUGGUAUGGCGUAGUCUCAUGGAACAUGUAUACUCCAAAAAUGUUAUUAGAGAAAAGAGAUUACAAGUGUUUUGCAAUGAUAUAAAAUUAUCUCAGAAAAAAACAGCUUUCAGUCAGAAUUCAAAUGUAGUACCUGAGCCGCUCUCACUCUGGCAACAGCAAAAAGAUCUAAAGGAAAAGGUUUAUGAUGCUGAAAAUAGAUUGAAACAAUCACAGGAGGUUUUGAAUCAGUUAAUGGAGAAAAUUAUCAUAAAGUUGUCACAACGCAAUGUAAUCCAUAAGCAUAUUCAAAACCUACAACGGCGUGUGUGGUUCUUACAGCAAGUUUCUGAGGAACUACAAUAUAGAAAAGAGAACUUGGAAGAAACCAGGACCAUUGCAAAUUCCUUGUGCUUAAAUAAAAAUGACAAUGAGAUACAGGGCAAGGUCGACAAUACUGUGGCAGCGUUACGUCGCCAAGUGAGUCAGGCUUCUACUGAGGCUUCGCUACUCUUGCCGUCUUCCGCGAAUCCUGUCGCUAGCUCCUCGGCGGUGUCGAUUCAAGGCGAAACCACUGAUUAUGGAUGGGAGGAGUUGGUGUCCUCGCUGGCGAGGCGGGGGGACGAGGUUUGGGGGCAGCUGCGCGGGGGACGGGCGGGGCUCGCUGCAGCGCUGCAGGCGGCCAACGCGCGCGAACGCGCCGGAUGCAAGCCGCACCCACGAUCAAAUCCACAGACUGUUCUCGCGCAUACGGCGAGCCUGCACUGCUCAUUGGCUUUGGAAUCUAUGAAGAAUCGGGUUCAUAUUAAGCAGACUCAGGCGCGUUUGGCAAGUUCCAUCUCUGAUUUGAAUACCAACAUAUCCGGAGAGUCGUGCGAGCUCCUCGUGCUCAGAUGCGAGAAGGCCUGUUCGGAGGCAAAGGUGAACGCGCUACGAACGCUUCUGAACGAGUUGCAAACGAGGAAUGGUCCGUUUAGAACCAACGGGGAAGAAGUAGUGGAGAAGAAUAACACCUUGAGGCGGAUCGAGACAACGGAUAAGGCUAUAGAAUUGAAGAGAGACGAAUUAAGAAAGCUGAUAACUUCUUUGACAAUUACCGAGAGGAAAAUUAACAAUGUUAAGGAGUGCCUCGUUUCAGUUUUUAACAGCUUUCACAAGAAUUCGCCUGUAAAUGAGAAUUAUCAAAACAAAGGCGUCCAAUUAGACUUCCCUAAAGAGUCGAUAUCGACUCUCCGACAGUUUUACGAGGAGAGACGCGAGCGUCGCAUAGGCAAACCCGACCUCAGUCUUGACUUCGAAGUGUCGGACUAUUCCUUUAGUGACGCCGUGGAUGGCAAUCCGAGGUUCGUUGAGGAACUGAAGAUCUAUUUGAGAAAAUUCAACUUGGAGAACAACAGGAAGCUUGUUUUGGAAAGUGGCGAGAAGAUCUGGAUAUUCGAGACGAUACAAUCGCUCAUUGGCCGCCUUCACACGCGAUGGCUGUCCGAGGACGUCUCGUGUUCUCUCCUCUCCCCAUUAUUUGGUUUGCAGAGCCUACACCAUCUGGGGGUGGAGGUUGCAAAGAAGGGAGAACUCGCAGUCGCCGUGAGGAGAUGGGAGACGGUAGCGGUCGAAAAUGAUACUCCGAUAAAUAUACAGAGGAUUGCCGAACAAGAGGCGGGAUUUGUGGACAAAAUGAAAAAGAGUAUAGGCAGCAACCUGACAACUUUGCAACAGUGUAAAAAGACCUUAGAGGUUGGCCAGGAGAACCUGAAGUUUUGGGCUGACAAUGAGCUCAAGAAGUACAUCUCUGACAAUAGAACUGUCGAUGGUAAAACUUAUAAAGAAUAUGAGACAUUAUAUUUGGAUAAUCUUGUU